UCUACGAUAUCUUUCCAUCCCUGUCAUGUAUCCAUGUCACUCUGCCAUGUUAAUUAACCUUCUCAACCCGAACUCAACUCAGAUUUCCCUCAAUCUUCAAUUAUGGUCUCAAGUCUCAGCAUAUGUUUCCAGCUCGAUAUCUACCAUCCCUCAAGAUCAUUUAGAAAUAACUAAUAAUUCCUCUAAUUCUACAAUUCUGGUUUACGGUCUAAGGCUAAGUUUCCAGCCGAUUCCCCUCACUAUCCUCCAUUCUAUCAGAAUAACUUAG